CGACGGGUGCUUCUAGCAUUCUAGUAGUCAGACUUAUGGGUUCAUACAUAGCCAGAGGUAAAAUUAAAGGAAUACGCGAAGCCUUGUGAUGAAUAUAUGUAGCCAUGUACAUGACAGAUGAAUUCAUGCAUGACUAACAUUGGUUUUAGGAAAAAGCAUUCAUAUUUUCUCACAUAUUUGUAUAGAUUUUGCUGUUUGUGAUAAUCUAUGAACACGUUUCUUCUAUUCCUAUUUUUCUUUAAUUUAUUUUUUGGUUCAGUCCUAGCUAAUGUUACCACUACUCAAUAUCUAAGAGACCCAGAUGAAUUAGUCUCUAGGAAUUCCACUUUCAAAUUUGGGUUUUUCAGCCCUGCUGAUUCGACUAAUCGCUAUGCUGGUAUAUGGUACAAUAAAAAUGAUUCUGAUGUACUCGAAGUCAUUUGGAUAGCCAACAGAGACAGACCACUUAAUAACUCUUCUGGGGUGAUCAGUAUAUCCGAGGAAGGUGAUCUUCAACUCUUGAAUGGACAAAACAACACUUUUUGGUCAACAAAGAUAGCAGCUAAUCAUGAGGUAAAUAAUUCAGUUGCUCAGCUUUUGGAUACUGGAAACCUUGUUUUACUUUCAAAUGUCAGCGGGGAUGUCAUCUGGCAGAGUUUUGACUAUCCUACAGACACCUUGAUGCUGCGAAUGCAAAUAAUUGUUGACGAGGAUACAAAUACAUCACGGCGGCUUAAUUCUUGGAAGAGUGCUACAAAUCCAUCCACUGGACGCUUUAAUGCUGGCAUUAAUCCUCGCUUGCUUUCUGAAAUUUUCGUUUGGGAUGGUGACCGUCCUUAUUGGCGAUCUGGACCUUGGAAUGGUCAUGUAUUUAUUGGAGUACCAAGUAUGUAUUAUUUUGCUCUGAUUGAUGGAUUUCGUCUUGAUGAUAACUAUGAAGAAGGCACACUUGGCCUAUCAUUUUCGACGUCUAGCCAAAGAGUUACAGAACACUAUGUUCUGACUUAUGAUGGAGCAGUGCUACAAAAAGAAUGGGAUGAAGAUACAAAGAAUUGGACAACCAUAUGGAAAUCUAUAGAAACUGAAUGUGAUGUUUAUGGUAAGUGUGGGGAAUUCGGGACUUGUAACUCAAAUAAUUCGCGUAUAUGUGGUUGCUUGAAGGGCUUUGAACCAAGAAAUAACCAAGAAUGGAGCAAAGGGAAUUGGACAAGCGGUUGUGUUCGGAGAACAUCUUUGGAGUGUGGGGCUAUAGGAUCUGAAGAAAAUGGGUUUUUGAGGUUAAGGAACAUGAAGGUGCCAGAUAAUGCUGUGAUGUUGAACACAGUAAAUGAAGAGCAAUGCAGGAGUCAGUGCUUAGGAAAUUGUUCAUGCUUGGCUUAUUCUUAUUAUUUAGGUAUUGGUUGUAUGGUCUGGAGGGAAAGCAUGACUGACAUACAGGAAUUCUCCUCCCUCGGUGUCGAUUUAUACAUUCGUUUGGCUCAAAGUGAGCUGGAUGAAACUGGGAGCAGAUGGAAACUUAUUCUUGCAAUCACACUGGUUUUGGGAGUAGUUAUAGUUGCUCUAGUCAUGUACUAUAUAUGGAGACGAAUGAGGAGAAGAAAUGAAAGUAAUGCUAUCAGGAAUGACACACAUUCGCAUAGUAUCAAGUUAGAAUCCGGUUUUGAUGAUGUGAAAUUGCAAGAUUUACCAUUGUUUAAAUUUGAAGAGUUGGUAGCCGCAACAAACAACUUUGACUUAAGAAAUAAGCUUGGGCAAGGUGGUUUCGGUCCAGUGUUUAAGGGAAUAUUAGAAGACGGACAAGAAAUCGCUGUCAAAAGGCUUUCAAGAGAAUCAGGACAAGGCCUACAAGAGUUUAUGAACGAAGUGGAUGUCAUCUCCAAACUCCAACAUAGAAACCUUGUGAAACUUCUUGGCUGUUGUGUUGAUGGGGAAGAAAAAAUGUUGGUUUACGAAUGUAUGCCUAAUAAAAGUUUGGAUGCAUUUCUGUUUGAUCCACGAGCACAGGAACUUCUAUACUGGAAGAAGCGCUUGAAUAUUAUUGAAGGGAUUUGUCGCGGCCUUCUUUACCUGCAUCGUGAUUCUAGACUGAGGAUUAUUCACAGAGACCUUAAACCAAGCAACAUUUUGUUGGAUGAAGACCUCAAUGCUAAGAUAUCAGACUUUGGCAUGGCAAGGAUAUUUGGUGGCAAAGAAGAUCAAGGAAAUACCAAUAGAGUUGUUGGCACCUACGGUUAUAUGUCUCCUGAAUAUGCAAUGGAAGGGCGCUUUUCCGAAAAAUCAGACGUAUACAGCUUUGGGGUGCUACUCCUAGAGAUUGUUAGUGGCAGAAAGAAUACUAGUUUUAAUGACGACGAUUCAUUGAACCUCAUAGGAUAUGCCUGGAAGUUGCGAAAUGAGGAUAACGUUCUUUCACUGAUUGAUACUACAAUCAACGAUCCAUGCUUCCAUGAGGAAAUUUUGAGAUGCAUUGAAGUUGGAUUGUUAUGCGUUCAAGAACUUCCUGAAGAAAGGCCGUCGAUUUCGACCGUUAUUUCCAUGCUUGACAGUGAAAUUACAGAUCUUCCACAACCAAUGCAGCCUGUAUUUAUGCAAGGCAAAACUCAAUGUCCUAGGAGAUCCCCUCAGAAUUAUGACCAAGAAAAUUGCUCUGUGAACAAUGUUUCCCUAACUUCUCAUUUUAGUGCUCGAUAAUAUAAUUAAACUUCCCAUUUAAUGUAAUUAUACCUUUUAUUAUAAGAAAUUGUAAUAUAGCUCAACUGCAAACAUGAAUAUAAUUUGUAUUCCC